AUGCUUCGCGCGCUCGCGUCCUCGACGUCGGCGCGCGCGCUGCGAUGUCGCGCGCGGGCGCCGAGGUCGACGCGAGCGCUCAAUCUCUCGGCGUUCGACGGGGAGAAGACGCGAAAGAAGUCGAAGGAGGAACUCCGAGCCGAGGCCGAAUCGAUGGAAGAGCUCGGCGUGGUGCGAGCGGUGAGCGGGUUGAUCGGCGCCGCGCUCGGGGGUGGGCUGGUGUUCGUUCUCGGUGCGGGGGCGGUGAGCGCGGUGGCGGGGGGGCUGGCGAGCGCGCUUGCGCCCGGGGUGGAGGCGCGGCGGACGAGCGAGCGACGGGAGGCGCUGCGGAGGGAGCUCGCGGAGGAGAACGGGUGGGGAUUCGGGGCGCGGGCGCGCAGGCGUGAAUUGAGGGAAGAGAUUGCGGCGCUGGAUGGGAAUUGA